CCUCAUCGUCUUUGUCUUGCCCUUGAAUAUCACGAAACCUCCUCCCUAUUUCCCUUUCCCUUUUCUCUCUCUCUCAAUAUCUUUCUUCAUAUAUAUUCUUCCCUCUGUUGGAGACCCCUCAGUUCACCUUCAUUCCUCAGCCGUCUACGGCGCCCACAGCCUACCCUCACAUAUAAAGUUUGUUCUAAAUCUUUGUGAUCCAAUGAAAAGAUUUUUUCAAGAUGGGGUUGUUCUUCUUCUUUCCCUUUUCGUCCUCUUGUUAUUUUCCGAAAUCUCCUUGGUUGGGGCUCAGUCGACUCCACCCGGUGACAACAACGGUUACCAAUAUGCAAAGUUCAAUCCUUCCAUGGCGAUUAUCAUAGUAGUUCUCAUAGCAGCACUUUUCUUCAUGGGCUUCUUCUCCAUCUACAUUCGUCACUGCUCCGACGAUUCCGGUGCUGCCGGCAGCGUCCGUCAAGCCCUCUCUAUUCGAACCCGCCGUGCAGCCGCGGCGCGUGGACUCGACGCUUCCGUCUUAGAAACCUUUCCUACUUUCUCAUACUCUGAAGUGAAGGAUCAUAAGAUUGGGAAAGGAGCCUUGGAGUGUGCGGUGUGUUUAAAUGAAUUUGAAGAUGAUGAAACGAUUCGUUUGAUACCCAAGUGCGAUCAUGUAUUCCAUCCUCAGUGCAUCGAUGCCUGGCUCGAGUCUCACGUCACUUGCCCGGUUUGUAGAGCUAAUUUGGUUCCGGUUUCGACCGAUGGGCCCAUACAGGAACCGGAGAAUGAAGAGAACAACGAGAACAUAGAAAGGACCAACAGUUCAAGAAAUGAGCAAGUUGUUAUACAAGUUGAAAUCUGCGAUGAAAAUCAGCCCCAACGGCAAGAGGAGACGAUGAACCGGAACUCAAGUUUUCAUUACCAGAACCGGUCCGUACGAAGGCCCAAAAUGUUUGGAAUAGGUAAGUUUAGAUCACACUCAACUGGUCACUCCUUGUCCUUGGUUCGACCAGGGGAAAAUCUUGACCGCUUCACUUUGAAAUUACCCGAGCAAGUUAGGAAAGAGGUUAUGGAGCGCGCUAUGUUGAAUAGGACUAAAAGUUGUGCAAUAACAUUACCUCGAGAAGGCAGUUCAAGAAGGGGACCGAGGGGUUUUAACAGGGCAUCAUCUUUUUUCUCGAGAGCAUUGUCGAUGAGAUCGCCAAGGGUGGUAGCGGAGAACGGUGAAGGAUCUACCUCAAGGGCCGGUGGAAUGCCAGUAAAAAUGCCGUCCUUCAAGUGUUUGGAGCCCAAGGCUCUCGAUGAAACUCAUCUGGUAUCAGAUGACUCGGCUCGCCAUCCGGUUUAAAUGAACCACCGGUCUGACUUUCCGGAGUCAAUUUCAUCGGAAAAGGUUGCUUUCAUCGCAACUGCAAAGUCUAGGAAGCUGGGACCCAUAGUGGGGAAAAUAUUGAUUGCACAAAUUUGUGUUGAAUGUUCAACGCUAAGAAAUAAACAAUUGUAAAACGUUUUUGUUUGCCGAUUUUUUUA